AGGCUGUCAAGGCUUUCGCUCAAAAGGCUAUGGGUACCAAGGACGUUCGUCUUGAUCCCUCUUUGAACAAGGCUAUCUGGUCUCGUGGUGUUAAGCACAACAACCACCGUAUCCGUGUCCGUAUCGCUCGUAAGCGUAACGAUGAUGAAGAUGCCAAGGAAAAGUUGUAUUCUUACGUUACCUACGUUCCCACUGCUGACUUCAAGGGUCUCCAAACCGAAGUUGUCGAAGAUGAAAACUAAAUCCUUUCUUUGAAUAAAGUAGGAUCAUAACAGCAUGU